AUGUGUCUGUGCAACACGUACGUCUGCGACUCCAACCCCAAGCAUGUGGCCAUCGCCAUGGACAAGUUCGGCUACAAGCUUCCGUACAAGAUGUACUUUGGAGGAGUGUCCGCUCUGACGCCACUGCACUACCUCAAGAUUAAUGGCUUUCCCAACAACUACUGGGGCUGGGGUGGAGAGGACGACGAUAUUGGACUCAGAGUGUCUCUGGGGGGGAUGUACAUCAGUCGUCCGUCAGUGAAGGUCGGCCGUUACAAGAUGAUUAAACACAAGCUGGACAAAGGCAAUGAUGUGAACCCAAAGAGGUUCAACAUGCUGGCCAAAACACGUCAGACCUGGAAGUCGGAUGGGAUGAACACAGCUGAAUACGAGCUGAUCUCACGGGAAUACAUGCCCCUCUACACCAACAUCACUGUUAACAUCGGCACUGAGGCCGGUCUACAUCCCCCUCCACCUCCACAUCCUCCAGAAAAAGCUGCAGAAAAACAUCCAGAGAAAAAAGCACCUGCCGAAGUCCCAGUCAACGUCCCAGCCAAAAUUACAGAAGGCUACACUAACAAAAAGCCAACACAAAAGACUUCUAAUCAUGUAUAACGCUGCCAUGACUUCAAUGGGAUAAUCCUAUUGGUCGAGCUGUAGGAUGCUGUUUUUUCUCCUCAAUCACCUGGAGCUGUUUUCACUUUUUGGUCCGUUUUUGGUGGCAGUUCUUUGUGGACAGUGGGACACUGAUUUGGGUGAUUUAAAAAUGGUGAUUUUCUUUUUUUGAAAAUGAAAACAAUUGACCUGAAUUUGUCAACCCUUAGAUGACGGCUCUCCACCUUGGCUCCUGUUCUAUCACUGACUCUUCUUCCAAUGGGAGCCACAGUGAAGGGUAAACGUUGGACUCUGUGAGUUUAUAUAUCUACAGCGCUGUGGUCGCUGGCUAAACCUUGUGAUGCCUUAGAAGCUUGUUUUGUUUUCCUUCUCUUCACUCGUACAUUACAUUAUUCCGAAUAUUGGGUUUAAUAGAGCAGUAGCUGUAAUUUCCAGCAGUCGCACUCGUUUUGUUUGUCCAAAUGCCAAUGAGUACAUGACUGAAGGAGACAGAUUCUUGUUUCUAGUUGAGUGUGUGUGUGAAGCUGCUACAAUGAGUGAUGAAUGAAGGAACUUGAAAAUGUUGUUUGUUACUGCUUCUGACUGAACGCUGCACGCACGCCACCUGUCUGCAAAUACCUGGGGUCUCGUUUAGAAAGACCUUUAUCCGUUUGGUUUCUGCAUCAGGUGGACUAAAUCCUUCAAAUGUUUUCAAAGUUACAGAUGCUGUACAUUUAAUGUCAUUUUCAGUGGAAAUGCUAACGAGAAUAAGAGUUCAUUUUACGUCUUGGUUCUGUAAACCAAGGCCAAGGUACAGUUCUAUGUAAAGGUAGUGCAUUCAAUUCAGCCUUUCACAUUUCAGCAUAUGGGAUAUCUACAUUUGAUUUUUUGUUAUUGUGUGCAUUCACCUUUAUCCAAUAGAGCACCUCUUUGUGACGGUGAUCAGUCCUCUGCCUUCAGAUGAGCUUGAGAUUCACAUCAAAAUGGAGUCUGUCUUGCUUUAAGAAAAUGUUUAUUUAUCAUUUGAUCAUGUGCAGUGUACUUUACAUCUCCUUAUGUAGAUGUUUCCCCCUAAGAGUGCUGGCUUACUCCCACAACACUUUAUAUGCAGUCAAAUGUUAUAAUGUAUCUUUUGCCCACUUCCUUUCCUUAAUCUAUACAUAUCAUGGAGAAAUGCACUCAAAAAAGUAAAAAUAUAUAUAUAUAUAAUUUACCUCAGUUCUAUUGAAGGAAUAUUAUGAUCUUGUUUGUGUUUUGAGAGAAUUCUGUGACUUCUUGUUAGGAUAUGAUUCAUUAAAACCGCCACAGAAUAGUGUCUAAAUGGCACUCAAUGAAACUGUGUUAAAAUUAAGCAGAUUAUAUAAUUUCACGGUUUCUUAGCAAUAUUGCUAUAGUCUCACCACAAUGUUUAUUUUUCUUUUCUGUUCUCCCCUUUCAAACACACAGAAACUAUUUGUCCCCGUGUAAUUUUCAAGUUUCUCCAUAAUCUUACUCUGGAAGCCUUCACAUCGAAACAUCUGCCAUUUCCUUUCCACUUGUGCCCGUAUACUGCAUGUCUGCUCCUCCUUCGCUUCUCUCCACUCUGACAGAUUUGAUUGUAAACAUGCGAAAAAAGAAACAGUCCCCUCUUCCACUGAGAGUGGCUGUACUGGCAGGUGAACAGGCUGAAACCAAAGAUGACUGCAUGGAAAGCUGUGUCGAGGGAUAAAACAUUGUGUGUGUGUGUAUACUUUGUUGUGAAUGAUUUCCGUACUACUCUUAUGUACAUACCUUUCAUCUCUUCCUAUCAAUACUUGUAUGUUGUUCAAAGAAUCUCACACCAACAUGUAUUCAAAACACUCAUAAUUUACGGUUGUUUAUUUUUUGUGAAGAGAUGAAGAUGGUCCAUGAUGAUUACAAGUGAUUUAUUUUCUGAAUGCUGUACUGAGAACUUAUUUUUUCAUCAUGACAUUGGGCAUUUGUCCGUGUUAGUGGACGAAUUUGAGCUCUGAGAGUGUCCGCCUGUGAUUUUCAUAAUUAGAUGACUAUAUACUGUAUUAUCAUUUUGAUGUGACUUCAUAUUCGACUCCUAUGGCCUUAGCAACACAUAAUAGUGGUAUUUCAACUUGUGCUCACUAAUACAAUAGCAUCUUUAUAUCAAGACUUAAUAUGCAUGGCAACAAACCUAUUAGCGAGGAAGUGUACCGAGCACAAUGUGAAGAUGAUACAUAUCAGUGCUCCUCUAGAAAAAUAUGAAGCAUGCUGAAGUGUCUAUGUUGUGAACUGGAAACGUUCUUAUUGUGACUGUCAAUGCAAGUUUCUGCUGUGGGGAAUGCUCCUCACUGUUAAAUGUAAGGAUUAAAGCAGGGCAUUUCUCAGAAAGAUGUACAAAGGAAGCUUAUAUUCCCAAAGUCACAGCAUACAGUCUCCAUCAUCAACUGCAACACUCAACCUGAUGUUUUGUGUUUCUGAUUUAAGCUACUUUACGUUUGAUUUGACUCCGUUCUGAUGUAGAUCAGCAGCAAUAGAAAGCAGUCAUCACAGGGUAGCACUGAAGUAACCAAGAGCAACGUGACUUUGUGAGUUAUUUCUGCUCUUUAUGAAUUCUGCACAGUCCAGAGUGGCCUUAAAUUCAUUAAUAAACUGAUUAUUCAAAAGCAA